CUGCUCGCGCUGCCGCUCCCCCCGGCGAGCUAGCAUGAAAUGUCCCAGCCUCUGCCGAGAUCAAAUGGAGCUCCUCGUUCAAGGGGUGCGAGUAUUACCUCCGCCAUGCAAUUUCCACUAUCAAUAAUUUAACUUCUUUGCUGCAGAACAGAAGGAGUACCUACCGGGCACUAAAGACUCCCCCCACCUUCUUUUUAACCGAAAGGAAGGUGAAAAAAUAAUAAGAGUCUGGGAGUUUUGGGGCCGAAGUCUUCCCCCAGAGAAGCUGCCUUGAUGUUUACUUUGACAAGUAGUGACUGAAAAGUUCCACCAGGUGAGAAGAGUGAUGACCAUCCUUUUCCUUACUAUGGUUAUUUCAUACUUUGGUUGCAUGAAGGCUGCCCCCAUGAAAGAAGCCAACGUCCGAGGACAAGGCAGCUUGGCUUACCCAGGUGUGCGGACCCAWGGGACUCUGGAGAGCGUGAAUGGGCCCAAGGCAGGUUCACGAGGCCUCACCUCAUUGGCUGACACUUUUGAACACGUGAUUGAAGAGCUGUUGGAUGAGGACCAGAAAGUUCGGCCCCAUGAAGAAAACAAUAAGGACGCGGACUUGUACACUUCCAGGGUGAUGCUCAGUAGUCAAGUGCCUUUGGAGCCUCCUCUUCUCUUUCUGCUUGAGGAAUACAAAAAUUACCUGGAUGCUGCAAACAUGUCUAUGAGGGUCCGGCGCCACUCCGACCCUGCCCGCCGCGGGGAGCUCAGUGUGUGUGACAGUAUUAGUGAGUGGGUAACAGCGGCAGAUAAAAAGACUGCAGUGGACAUGUCGGGUGGAACCGUCACCGUCCUGGAAAAAGUCCCUGUGUCGAAAGGCCAACUGAAGCAAUACUUCUACGAGACCAAGUGCAAUCCCAUGGGCUACACGAAAGAAGGCUGCAGGGGCAUAGACAAAAGGCACUGGAACUCCCAGUGCCGAACUACCCAGUCGUACGUGCGGGCCCUCACCAUGGAUAGCAAAAAGCGAAUUGGCUGGCGGUUCAUAAGGAUAGACACUUCCUGUGUAUGUACAUUGACCAUUAAGAGGGGAAGAUAGUGGAUUUAUGUUGUAUAGAUUAUAUUGAGACAAAAAUUAUUCUAUUUGUAUAUAUACAUAACAGGGUAAAUUAUUCAGUUAAGAAAAAAAAAUAAUUUUAUGAACUGCAUGUAUAAAUGAAGUUUAUACAGUACAGUGGUUCUACAAUCUAUUUAUUGGACAUAUCCAUGACCAGAAGGGAAACAGUCAUUUGCGCACAACUUUAAAAAGUCUGCAUUACAUUCCUCGAUAAUGUUGUGGUUUGUUGCCGUUGCCAAGAAUUGAAAACAUAAAAAGUUUAAAAAAAAUAAUAAUAAAUUGCAUGCUGCUUUAAUUGUGAAUUGAUAAUAAACUGUCCUCUUUCAGAAAACAGACAAAAACACAAAAAACAAAAAACAAAAAUUUGAACCAAAACAUUCCGUUUACAUUUUAGACAGUAAGUAUCUUCGUUCUUGUUAGUACUAUAUCUGUUUUACUGCUUUUAACUUCUGAUAGCGUUGGAAUUAAAACAAUGUCAAGGUG